AGAAAAUUCAGCGUCUGUGCGCGAGGUUUGGUCUUAACGUUGAUCCGAUGGUUUGAUUAUUAUGCCUCUGCUAAGUCAGGAGCCUCAUGUUAAUCAAGGUCGCCUAGAGGACUUGUACGAUAUACAACAGAAAAUUGGAGAUGGACACUUCGCUGACGUCAAUCUUUGUGUAUGUAAAAGUUCGAACAAGAAAUAUGCGGCCAAGUUUAUAAUGAAGCAACGGAUUAACACAGGGCUUCAUGGAUCAAGCGUUUCUGAUAUAGACCGUGAGGCUUUCAUUUUAGCAAAUUUACAGCAUGAAAAUAUUGUCAAUUUGCAUGAAGUUUUCUAUCGGGAGGAUUCCGUCGUACUCAUUUUGGACUUAGUAACUGGUGGGGAACUGUUUGCACGCGUAGCCGAUUGUGAGCGUUUAUCAGAGGAGGAGGCUUCAAAUUUUGUCCAGCAAAUUCUUUUGGGUGUCCAACAUAUGCAUGGUUUGGGUAUUGUUCACUUGGAUUUGAAGCCUGAGAAUAUAAUGAUCGAAGAUCUGGCAUCCAGAAAGAUAAAAAUUAUUGAUUUUGGCCUAGCUAGAGUGCUAAAUCCAAAUGAAAGCUUUCAAGAUAUGGCAGGAACACCGGAAUUCUGUGCUCCAGAAAUAGUCAAUUUCGAUCCGAUAACUUUUGCAACAGAUAUGUGGGCGGUUGGAGUAUUGACUUACAUUUUAUUGACCGGUAUUUCACCGUUUGCUGGAGAUACACAACUUGAAACAUUUCAAAAUAUUCUCGAUUGUAUUGUUGAUUAUUCAAGAGAGGAAAUACAAAAUGUUAGUGAUCUAGCUAAAGAUUUUAUUCAGAAACUGUUGGUGAAAAAUCCCAGAAAAAGAUCUACGGUUAAUGAAUGUCUUCAACACCCUUGGAUUAAUCCUAAAGACAAUAAACAGUCCAAUUAUCGACGGGAUAGCUUAAUAAGCAAAGAAAAAUUAUCCAGUUUACGACAUUUUAUAGCUAUCAAUCCAAAUGCAAGUGUCUUAUCUCUGAAUAACAAUAAUAACAAUACAGAAGAGCAAGAUAAGUCUCUGUCUUCGCCUACAUCACCAUUAUCUUCUGUUGGCAUAAAUGAUAGGGUACGAUUUUCUUUGCCAGAUAGUUCUGCUAUUAACAAAGUUCAAGAUACAGUGCCAUUAGACAAAAUUACAACUGAAUCAUCUUCAUUGAAUCAAACACUUGAAAAUAAACAGUUUUGUAAAAAACAACCAAAUCAGAACAGGAAUAACAGUAAUAGUGGUAGUAAAAUGAUAAAAAAUGAAAAAGUCACAGUCAUAAACCACAUAUUACAAGCAAAAAAUCUAUCAGCUUUCAAAACAAAUACCAGUGCUUGCUCAACGAAUUCUGGAUCUUCUGUUGUCUCCCAUGUAAACAACUCCCAAAACGCUGAAAAUCUAAAUAAACAAAGAAAUAGUGAUAUCAGCCUGUCAGAUUACUCCAUUCCAAUUGACAGUGUAAAAAAGUUGAAUCCACGCAAUUCACUUUGCGAUACUGUAUCUAAGACUAGUUCUUCCCCAAUUAUUAAUAAAAUCAAUAAUAAUAAUAAUAAUUCGAGUACAAAUAUCAAUUCAAAAGUAUUCAAUGAUUUGACUAAUGACAAAACUUUAUCAGAUUCUACUUCAAAUAAAUCUAUUAAUAAUAGUACUACUGUUAGUGGUAGUUGGCGUGUAAACUUUCAAAAUAAUAUAAUUGGUCGAUUAGGUGCAGCAUUUGCCGCAGCAACUGGACAUGUCACUACUUCAACACAUCAUCAUAUUUUAAAUGAAGUUAAUUCUUCUUGUGAUCACCAGUUACCUCUUCCAGUUAAGUCAACUGGUAGUUCUUCCUCCACUUCCGCUAAUACUACCACCACUGCUACUACUCCUAGCAACAACAAUAAUAUUGCUUCUAAUACUACUGAUACCAUUAUUAAUACUACCAAUAAAAGUUUCAAUUUUGUUCAAGUGACUAAUAAAGAGGUGAUUGCCAAUAAAACUAAUUCAUUGAAAUCUUCAAACGAAACUAAUAUUAAACAAUCCUAUUCAUCUUUCGGUGCUGUUUCUAGAGCAGUUAAAGAAUUAGAAAUUACUGCUAAUCCUUUGAAUAAUAAUAAUAACUCCAUAACUACUACCAAUACUACUACUAACAAUAAUGGUAAUAUGGUUGACUUGAAAAUUGUCCGUAGGUUUCAAACUUUAGGAAUGAAUCAACUAACUGAAGCAACAUGUGUUAACCGUCCUUUGAUAAAUGGAUAUCCAAAUGAAAAGCCUAGCUCACAUCGUGGACCAUUAUCUAACUCAUCGAAUAGACUGAUGGUCAGUAGAUUACAAGAAAUAUUUGAAAGUGGCAAUACAAAAUCAUCACCGAGUUGUCAAACUAAUCGGACUAAUAAAACACUUGUGUCUGUUAUUCAUAAUAAUAAUAAUAAUAAUAAUAAUAAUAAUAAUAAUAGCAUACCGGUUAAACUUAACACUACUACUAAUACUACUAACUGUACUACUGCAGUUACAACUACUUCUACCAGUAAACGUCUUUCUAUCAAUUAAUAAAUCAUCCUAACAUGUAUUGUAUCAUUCUCUUCUUUUCCUUUCUGUCCAUAUAACCCUUUCUUCAUUUAACCAUAUUAGAAAAAUUUUUUCAUCUUAAUGUGAUCUCUUAUUCUAAAAAUUUUUUGACCUGAUCAUAUUUAGUACAUUUAUGAUGAACACAUUUUUUUUGUUGUCCUAUACCAAGUAUUAUUUGUUCCUUUUAUUAAAUAUUAUUAAUAAUAAGAAAGUCAAUGAAAUAGCGCCGUAUUACAAUGUUUGCCACUGUUACUUUUAAUAUUCACCUUCUUUUUUUUUUCAAAAAAUCAUAAAAUGAAUUGUAAAAACAGUGACAUAAUAUCAUGUACAUUAAUUAAUCUUUUACUCAGUGGUUAUCUUUUUUGUUAGUGCCUUUUGUUCAUUAUUUUAAUCUGUUCCUUAUAUAUACAACACUUUUUUUUUCUUACAUUAUGUACAUAUUAAUUAUUAUCAUUAUUAUAUAAUAUCACGAGAAAUCUAUUUUUAAACAACAAUACAAAAAAAACGUAGCGAGUGAACACACGUAACACAAAAAUAUCUUACGUUAUUUUAUGUUACUAUCAUCUUUAAAUAAUUAUUUCUUCUUUUUAUUAUUAUUAUUAUGUAUAACUCUGUGUUUGUAUGUGUCAUAUGUGUGUACUCUUUUCAUUUACAUCUAAUAUGCUCCAAUUAACUAUCACCAACUUCACUCUACCUCCUCUAUCUUUUUGUGUGCAUGUUUGUUAGUUGUGUGUGUGUGUAUGUAUGUGUGUGUAUCCUUUCUUUAAUAUAGCACAUAUGGUGAUCACUUUCUAAUGUCGAUGUUUGUUCGUUUUUUUGUUUUUUUUUUGUCCUUAUUUUUAAAAUAUGAUUAUUUGUAAUGAUAAAUGAAUAAUUCACAAUGAAUAGUACUGAUUAUAAAGUGUGUAUUAAAUCUAUCGUACAAUUCUUUUAAUUAUUUUGUUCUAGAUUGUAUAUUUUUCAUCAAUGUCGAACUGUUAUUGUCUUUCUCGUUGUUGUUGUUUUUUUUCGGUUGUCUUUAAGUUGAUGAAGAAGGAAUGUAUAAGAGACAAUAUUACACCUAUUAGUCUAUUCUUCUAAAAUUCUGAUGAGAAAAGAAUUUUUAAUGUAUUCGUCAUAUUUCUUGUUUGUAGAAUAUAAUUAUAUAAAUAAUAUAACAGAUCGUUUUUUUCUGCUUUCUUUUAUCAUUGAGUAUGUUGUUGUUUUGUUGUUUUUUGUUUACCAGUUAACAUGGGUUACAUGCAGUUAUGGAAAUUCACUCAGUCAUAUAUAAGCAACAUUAGUA